AACAAAGGCUAAGGAAGUGAAUGAAGCCUCUGCACAGAAUGUCAGUCAAAUUGAAGGCUUUGAAAUCACAAUCAUUAAACCGAAAGUUAAAGAACAGACAUUUACUAAUCAAGUAGACUUGGACAAACACACUGAAAAACACACUACUAGCAAGACUAAAAAAAGAAAGUCUUUCAAAUGUGAAUAUUGUUUCAAAUCAUUUUCCUUUGAUCACGGUUUAAGCAAUCACAUGAAAAUAUAUCAUUCUAGUUAUAAAAAUCAAACAUUCCAAUGCAAUCUGUGUGAGAGGAUAUAUAGAAAUGCAAGAAACUUGAGAUUACAUCAAAGUAGACCUUGCGUUCCAAGAAAAUUGAUAGAAGAAUGCAAAGUUCGUUCAAAGAAUAUGCCUGUGGAAGAUAUAAUAGCAGCUGGUGAAAAAGCAAUUAGAGAAACAAAAAUCUCUUGUAUUUUAUGUAAAACAAAUUUCGAAACCCAUGAUGACUUUGUUACACAUUAUCCAAACCACCAAUUCAACCUACAUUGUACAAUUUGUCAAAAAGAUUUAAAAAAGGUCAAACUUCUAGAAAGGCAUAUGCGUAUGCAUUUGCGUGAAAAAGCUUAUACUUGUCCGAUUUGUCCUCGAUCGUUUUAUGCAAGAGAUGAUAUGCGUGUGCAUAUACAAAAUCAUAUCAAGAAAGAAUGGGUAUAUAGGUGUAAUGUGUGUCAAAAAGAUUAUUUUAAAAAUAGAGAAUUUGAAAAACAUAUGAUAAAGCAUUUAGAAGUAACAGAAGAUGGUAACAAAACUCGCGAAAGUAUAAGAAAUGACGAUGAAAUGGAAAAUGACGAAGAUAUUAAUUUAAUUGGUAGUGAUUGCGAUUCAAAUUAUUCAGAUGAAGAGGAUGAAAUAAUGAUGAAAAUUGAAUUAGACAGUCCAAAAGCUCAAGAGACCUUCCAAUUGGUGAAAGAAGAAAUACCCUCUGAUGAUGAGUGUAUUUCUAAUAUCAAUGGAGAAAAGGAGCACAAUUCUAUCAAAAUGGAAAUGGAUAUACCACCAUCCUCUGAUACAGUAAAAUCUGAAGUUGAUAAGGAAUCUACGUACCCAAUGGAAUCAAAUAAUUCAAUAGACUUGGAUGAGAAAGAAGAUGCAACUGUUAAAUCGGAAAUAUGUGAACCAGAACUAAUUAUAAAAUUAGAAAACCCAGAAACAGAUCUCUCUGAUGAAGAAGAAAUUAUCGAUGAGCCAGAUGGGGCUGAUGGGGCUGAUGGGCCUGAUGAGCAGGGUGAGCAUGAUGAUGCUUCAACUACCUUUUCAGUAUCAAAAUAUGAAAUCACCGAUGAUGAAAGAGAAAAAUAUUACCAGAAUCUAUUGGAUUUAGUCAAAGUAAAGUGUCAUGUUCCCGAUUGUCAAACGGAAUGUUCAAGCUUUCAAAAUACUAUGCUACAUUUCACAAAUGAUCACCUAGCACAUAAAGAACCGCCCUUUGUAUGUGUAGUGUGUUCCCAAGAAUUUAGUAAUAAGAAAUUAAUUAAACAACAUUCUAGAAAAUAUUAUUCAUUUAAAUGUCCAGUUUGUUUCAAAUUGAACAAGUCCUUUUCUAAUUUGAACAGACAUGUAAGAUCUUCUCAUCUAAAUGAUCGUUAUAAAUGUUUAUUUUGUGACAAACGUUUUGGAUUAGCUGGUAAAUUAAGAGUUCAUUUGAAUUCUCAUAGUAGUAAGAAACUAUUUGCCUGUUAUAUUUGUCAUAAAGAAUUUUAUUCUUCUAAUGGACUUUAUUUACAUUCCAAAAGUCAUAUGGUUAUAAAGGAAUUACAAUGUGGGAAUUGUGGUAGACAAAUUCCUAGUAAAAGUCGUUUGAUGAAGCAUAUAGCUAAUUGUGUUCAGAGAAGAAAAGGUGGAUUAAAUUGAGACAUGACAUAUUAAUUUUUACUGUAUGUACUUAAAUAGUUUUAAUUAAUUUUACAUAUUUAUUAG